AGGGAGGCUUGGGAUCAUUUGUAGUUCUCGCGACCACCAUUGGAACAGAACGUGUUGAUGUUUCAUUUGUCUUUCUGGGAAACAAAUUGUGGAAAUUAGAGCAAGUUUAACCAAGUUGUCUUUUCAGGGUUAGGUGCUCAAGUUUUCUCCAUGGUUUAACUCAAGAUUUCUUCAUUUUUCUGUUAAAAUAAUUUUGCAAAAAGUGCCACAAAGGUGUGACUGUGGUAUUGCGAAAAUAAGCGUCCUUAGUUCUUUUUUUAUGCGAGAUUUGACUUUUUCCCAUCUAGUUUAUUUGAUUAAUCCCUGAUUGAAGGGGACCCGGCGGAUCUGUGGGAGUAAUUUAUCGAGUGCUCCCUUUCUUACGUCAGCGUUGCACUUCCUGUAUCACCAUCCUUUACCCGCGUCUCAUGAACAGCGCUCUGUGUUUGGCGGGCUUCAGUUCAGACUAAACCGCUUCACCUCAUAUCGGAAUCAUGCAGUUUGGCGGUAGGAAAAGUAAGGUUCUUAUUAACCCCAAGGCAGACCUCUACAGGCAGCCUCUGCAGUUUUAUGGAGAACCUCCACUUGAAAACAUCUCUCUCUCUGAAUUUGAGACGUUGGCUGUUGAGAGAUUGAAAUUACUGAAGACCGUUGAGAAUUUAGGAGUGAGCUGUGUGAAACUAUCGGAGCAGUACUCUAAGAAACUGGAUAGUGAAUUGAAAGCCCUGAACUUUCCUUAUGGAUCAGACUCUGAUGACAUUGACAAACGUAGGAAGGACCACAUCUCCCACUUCAUUCUCAGGCUGGCCUACUGCCAAACGGAAGAUCUAAGGCGCUGGUUCAUACAACAGGAGAUUGAUCUUUUCCGCUACCGCUUUAAGAACCUGGAUCCAAAAAAGAAUCUGGAAUGGCUUCACAAAAACAAUCUAAACUAUGAGGCGAUUAGCAAGAAAGACAAGAUGGAUCUGCAGCUGCAACUUGUCAACUCCAGUUACGGCAUCAGUGGAAGCAAAGUGGAGGAUCAGGAGUUCUACAAAGUUCCAUUUCAAGAUGCCCUCGAUCUAGUACGAACAAGGAAAGUGUACUUGAAGGCCGGCUACGCAUACGUCCCUCAUCAGGACAUCGUCACCAUUGUGCUGAAUGAUUUCCGCACCAGGCUGUCUAAAGCUCUGGCCCUGACGGCUCGCUCGCUACCAGCUGUGCAUUCCGAUGAGCGGCUCCAGCCGCUGCUGAACCACCUCAGCCAUGCAUAUGUGGGACAGGAUUACAGCACCCAGAAGAAUGUUGGUAAAAUCUCCUUGGAACAAAUUGAUCCCCUUUCAGGAAAGUCGUUCCCACUCUGCAUGAGGCAGCUGCACCAGUCACUCAGAGAGCACCACCAUCUGCGUCACGGUGGCCGCAUGCAGUACGGCCUCUUCCUCAAAGGCAUCGGGCUCUCUCUGGAACAGGCGCUGCAGUUCUGGAGGCUGGAGUUCAUGAGAGGGAAGGUGGAUGCUGACAAGUUUGACAAAGCAUAUGCCUACGGCAUCCGCCACAUGUUUGGUAAAGAAGGCAAGCGGGCAGACUACACCCCCUACAGUUGCAUGAAGGUGAUUUUAUCAAACCCGCCCAGCCAGGGAGACUAUCAUGGAUGUCCAUUCCGGCACAGUGACCCAGAGCUGCUGAAGCAGAAGCUCCAGUCCUACAAGGUCUCUCCCAGCGGAAUCAGCCAGAUCAUGGACCUGGUGAAGGGAAUGCACUACCAGCUGGCAUGCCAGAAAUACUUUGAACUCACACACAAUGUUGAGGAAGCCAAUUUCUCGCUCAGUCACCCCAACCAGUACUUUGUGGAGAGCCAGAAAGUUUUAGGAGAAGGCAAGGACAUAAAGAGAGAGAAGGAGGCUUCGCAGAGGUCGCAGGAACAGUCAGCUGCCAGAGGAUCCGCCGCAGCCGUGAACAGCUCCCAACACCUCGCUGAAAUGACCGAGAACCUGGACUCUUUCUUUGAUGAUGCCUGAUUUCUCAGGACAUGGAGAAAAAUGUGUUUUUUCUCUUCUCUGUGAGGCCCGAGGCCUGGCAUUUAUUCUGAUGCGUCAAAUGCUUUGAAGUCUUUGUAAAGUAUUAAAGUUUCAAAUCAAGGUUUUGAGGGUUUUUUAAUCAGAUGGAGCACACUUGAAUUAAACUUUUUUUUACUACAAUUCACAUCGCACCAGUUUGUAUUUUUACCUUUACAGCAUUCU